AUGGAGUUGUGCCUGCCCUGCUUCGGAGAUGGGCCCCCAGACUCACCUGACCUUGAAGAGAGAUUAAAAUUUGCAGAAGCUACAGAAAGAAGACAGAGGUAAUCUUCAAUUUGAGGCAUCUGGGAUCCACAUUCUGUAGAAAAGAAGAGGGAGGAGAAAGGAAAAAAGAAAAGAAUCUCUCCAAGAUUAGAGAAGCAAAGAGUGGAGACUAUAGAAAGAAAAAAGCCCUUCCCUGACCGGGAAUCGAACCCGGGCCGCGGCGGUGAAAACGCCGAAUCCUAG